ACAGACAAACAAGUUCAUUCAACACCUGCUCAAAGAUGGAUCUGCAAAUCUCAGUUUUUCUUCUGUUCGUUCUCAUCAGCGCAGGACACUCUCUCCGCUGUUAUCAGUGUGCUGGUAACUCCUGUACACAGACCACAUGCAGCACUGGAGGUUCCAGCUGCUUCGCUUCAACAGGUUAUAGUGGUAACAUCAAAGCUACAUUUAAAGAUUGUUAUCCCUUAACUAACUGUCCAACCGGGUCCAUCAACCUCGGCAGCAUAAAAACCUCUAUUUACUGUUGUUCCAGCGAUCUCUGUAAUGUGCAAGACUCUGCAGAUCCCAACACUAAUGUCCCCAAUGGACUGAAAUGCUAUUAUUGUGACGGACAGAACUGCUCAAAGACACUGAGCUGUUCAGGAACUGAAGACCGCUGCAUUUCAGAAUCAGGAAAUUUGGGAAACCAGUCAAUGAUGUUCAAAGGUUGCGUCUCCAAUUCUUUUUGCACUGGCGCAGCAUCCAUUUAUGGUGGUACUAACUCCACAUGCUGUACAGGAAACCUGUGCAACAGUGCUAAAAGCAUCACUCAGAGUUUGCCACUCCUCUGCUGUUUUCUGCUCGCCUUCAUCCUGAUGCUCUGAAUACAGAUUCAUCAGUCUGACCUGCUCUACAUAAUAUACGGCUUUGGUUUUCUCUACUGCAUUUGAUCUGGUGUGAUGUGUUUAAAAUGUAUGAUUAAUUGUCUUUUGAUUUAUUACACGUUUGAUAGAUAUAUUAUGACAUUGAAAUGGUCUAUAGACAAUCUAUAAGCAUAGUUAAACACAAUAAAGAAUAAGAUACAACUGAAAUAAA